AUGGCGUCGAAUCGGUUUCAAAACUUACAAAAUUGGACCAACAAGCACGUUUUCAGCAAUUCGUUAGAUUAUUGGAAUCAGGAACUUCAUGAUGUUCCAUCCUAUCAGAAUCAAUCAGCAACAGGAGGAGAAGAAUCCAACCCACCUCCAGAUAGGCUUGAAACUAUUGAAGAAUCUAGUGUUACCGAGCAACCUCAACCAGAAGACACCCCUAAACAGGAGUUAGCAGAAGACGAUGGUCAUGGAGCAUCCUCUGAACCAAUAUCUGCUCUUCAGGCGGCUUGGAAUGUAACUAAUGCAAUCCAAGGCAUGUUUAUAGUUGGUCUUCCGAUUGCAGUCAAGAUUGGCGGUUGGUGGUCGGUUGGCGCCAUGAUUGCAGUUGCAUACAUUUGCUACUGGACAGGAGUACUUCUCAUUGAAUGUCUAUAUGAAGAUGGGGUUAAGAAGAGAAAAACAUACAGAGAAAUCGCUGAUUUCUAUAAACCAGGAUUCGGAAAAUGGGUUCUGGCUGCUCAACUCACAGAACUCUUGUCUACUUGUAUAAUUUAUUUGGUAUUGGCAGCAGAUCUUCUUCAAAGUUGUUUCCCAAGUGUUGAUAAACCGGGAUGGAUGAUGAUUGUAUCAGCUUCAUUACUCACUUGCUCUUUCUUGGAUGACCUCCAAAUUGUGUCUCGAUUGUCUUUCUUCAACGCGAUUUCUCAUUUGAUUGUAAACUUGAUUAUGCUCAUCUAUUGUCUAUCAUUUGUUUCACAAUGGUCCUUCUCUUCGAUAACAUUUGCUCUCAACAUCAAUACCCUUCCGACUAUCGUAGGAAUGGUUGUUUUCGGAUACACUUCUCAUAUCUUCCUUCCAAAUUUGGAAGGAAAUAUGAAGAAUCCAUCGGAAUUUAAUAUGAUGUUGAAAUGGUCUCAUAUUGCUGCUGCAGUAUUCAAAGUUGUUUUUGGAAUGCUCGGAUUUCUCACAUUCGGAGAACUCACUCAACAAGAAAUUUCAAAUUCUCUUCCGAACCAAUCUUUCAAAAUCCUGGUCAACUUGAUUUUAGUAGUCAAGGCUCUUCUUUCGUACCCUCUUCCAUUUUAUGCGGCUGUUCAACUUUUGAAGAAUAAUUUGUUUCUUGGAUACCCUCAAACUCCCUUCACAAGUUGUUAUUCUCCGGAUAAAUCACUCCGUGAAUGGGCUGUCACUUUGAGAAUUAUUCUGGUUCUUUUUACUCUUUUCGUGGCAUUAUCCGUCCCUUAUUUGGUAGAAUUGAUGGGAUUGGUCGGAAAUAUUACUGGAACAAUGUUGUCGUUCAUCUGGCCAGCUCUAUUCCAUUUGCAUAUCAAGCAAAAAGGAUUGAACAACUUCGAUAAACGUUUUGACCAAGCCAUCAUUACAAUGGGAUGCAGCGUCUGUAUUUCUGGAGUUUACUUUUCUUCAAUGGAACUUCUUCGUGCUAUCAAUUCUGCUGAUUCUUGA